AUGAUCCAACACCCCUUACAACAUAGUUCAACACCGAACCAGCCAGGAAAGUCGGAUCCGGGCCCUGAGCUACGAAACACGACUAUCGCACUAUUGGUUCUUGCGUCCAUCUUCGUGGCGCUACGCUUUGCUGCUCGCCUUAAGCGUGGUCUUACCUAUGGAGCAGAUGACUGGAUGAUCAUGUUCUCUCUACUUACCUUGGGCUUACUUAAAGUGCAGUUUGUUUGCUUCGUUACUGGAGGACUUAGCUAUGCCACGAUUCAUUGGGGAUUGGGAAGCCAUGCUAUCACUCUGCCUCUCGACAACAUCACCGUGGUGCUAAAGUGCAAUCCGAUCAAGAAGGCAUGGUUGGGUUCCACAAUCAACGGUACCUGCAUCGAACUCAAGGCCUCGUUUAUUGGCAAUGCCGUACCCAACAUCUCGACCGACAUCGCUAUUCUUGUGCUUUUCGCCAGCGCCUACCGUUUUGCAACAAUUAUGCAAUUCGAUAUAGCUGAUACAACGGGGACACUGGCGAUGGCGUGCACCUGGUGCGUUGUGGGGGUCGCAUCUGGCAUUAUAAGUGCCUGUCUGCCCACGCUGCACCCAUUUAUGCUCAUCAUCUCGUCCCAAUUCAGUAACAUCCGAAAUCAGUCCGACAAGGGGUCGGCCACGGAAAGGCAGUCGAGCAAGACACAGCUUGUUACUAUCGGCGGCACAGGGAGCAAACGCAACCAGGACUUUGAGCGCCUCAAAGACGACUACGAGGUUCACUGCGAUUUUGUUGCAACAUAUACGCAUGGAAGUCGUGAUGACGCGUUGUUAAGUCGUCACAAGAGUCCUCUAGCUGCCCAAUCAGCCAGAAAACCAGCCCAACAACGAGCAGAAAACGAGCUGAACAAUCAGCUCUCCACAGGACCCGAGGGGGAGCAGUGGGCGCGCACCACAGGCGCGCCUUACAUGAUGUAUAAAAUGGGUAACUCUGACGGCCCAGCUAGCGGUGCUGAAGGAGAGGUGCAGCUCAAGCAAUGGAUAUAUACACCAACCAGGCUGUCAGAGUUGACUGUUUUCGUAUAUGAUAUUACUUGA